GGGGCGUGGCAAUCACAACACUGGAAGCAUAACUGGAAGCACAAUAAAAUCUAUGCUGGAAGCUAGCUAGAGCAGAGAGAGCUAGAGCUACUACUGCUAGCCGGCCAGAGAGAGAAGAUGAUUGCUGCUCAAGUUCUAGUGAUAGUUCUUCUAAACUGCUGCUUCAUAGGUCUCCAAGCAGAGCCACAGCUGCUACUGUCCUCUGUGGUAUUUCGUCAUGGAGAUCGGUCACCAAUAGUGACAUACCCCAAAGACCAAUAUCAUGAAUCUGACUGGCCCCAAGGCUUCGGCCAACUCUCAAUAGCAGGCAUGCAACAGGAGGAGCAGCUGGGCAGUUUGCUUAGAGCCAGAUAUGUGACUGACACGUACCCAAACUUCCUGCAUCCAAACUACACACGUGUGCAGGUGAACGUGAGGAGUACAGAUGUGGACCGUACCUUAAUGAGUGGGGGUGCGUUGCUUUCCGCUCUCUAUCCACCAGAUAACAGUCAAAGGUUUAAUGACUCAAUAGCGUGGCAACCAAUCCCAAUACAUACUGUGUCUAAGGAGAAUGAUCAUAUGCUCCGUGGCUAUGACGAUUGCCCUGCGUACAGUAAGCUACGAGAAGCUGACAAAACAACUGCCGAGUAUCAGAAAAUGGAAGCUGACAAUAAGGCUUUCUUUGCUGAGCUGCAAGGAUACACUGGACUUCCGGCUAUCGAUCUUUCCAACGUUUGGAGUAUAAAAGAUUCUGUGUUUGUUGAGAAUGUCACGGAGGGUAAGCAAUCUCCCUCGUGGGCUACUGCUGAGAUUAUGGCUAAGCUAGCAACGCUUAAUGACUACACUCUGGGGUUGUUCUUCAGCUCUAGACAAAAGAACAGACUUACUGCUGGUGUUUGGUUGGGCAAGCUGCUUGGAGACAUGCAGAGCGUAGCCAAUAAAAGUGAUACAACCUCAAAGCUCUUUCUCUACUCUGCUCACGACACCACUGUUACGUGUAUGCUGUCCGCUCUGGGAGUAUUCAACGGGAAACAGCCACCGUACGCAACAGCCUUUGUAGUGGAGCUGUACUUUGACCCCAGCAUAGAGCUGUACCAAAUCCAGCUCUCGCUGAGGUUGGGUCCGGAUGGGGUAAAUUUUACUCUUCUGGAAUUACCGGAAUCAAGUCAUUGUGCUGACAGACACUACUGUACUUUGGAAGAGUUUAAAACGUUCGUGACACCGCUCAUACCCAGUGAUAUUGAACAGGAGUGCAGUGUGUCCUCCCCCUCACAAUCUAGUGGUAGUCUCGGAACAGCGUUUGGACUGGUGGUGGCUGCGUUGGUGAUUGUGAUUGUCCUGCUAAUUAUUGCCAUGGUGAUCAUGCGUAAGAGAAGCAAAAAAUACAACUACGACCAAUUUAAUAGAGCUUAAUUUGUAAUUAACAGUCAUUUAUUUUUGAGCGCUGCAUAAUUAUUUUAAUGUUAGGCAAUAACAUUUUUUUUUUUUACUUUAAUGAGUUAUAAUUAUAGCUUAGCUAUUACAUACGUUGAACUCAUUGUUACAUGUACUGGAGUCUGUUUAAAUGUUGUAUAUAUACGAGACCUUAAAUUAUAUAAUUACUACUGUUA